AUGAGUGGGUCGUCGAAUCCAUUGAGCCCUCAACACAGGGCAGCCACGUCGGAGCAGAUGCUGUCAAGCUCAGUCAACGUCUCAGCUCCUCUGGACUUGCAGGAUGACCAUCAGAGCAUGGCGAUGGCUGCAUGGGAGGUCAACCAGCGCGUCCAGAGCCUGGAGUCUGUCUUCGAGCAAACGCAGAGCACCCUCGAAAUUCUCGUGGACAAGUUUUCUGGCCAUCAAGAGAAGAUGAAUGAGAUGGAGAGAAUGCUCUCUUUGCUGGAGCAGCAAUUUGUAGAGCAGAAGAAAAAUCAGCAUUGCGCUCGAUCGGACCGAUGCUCUGCCUGUCUUUGGUUCUCGCUGCCCUCUCUGUCGCUGAUUAGCUUCGCCUUGUUUGCCCUGUACAUGGCGUCUUUCUCAGUGGAUACUUGGGGACAAGACUUGCAGCUUGUUCGGUUCAGCGUCAGGCUGAUAGAAGGGUUCUUCCUCCUCGUCCUGGCAGGCUCCGUCAACCUGAAUCAUUCACGUCUGUCAGAGUCCAGAGACUUCUCAGCCGUCCAGCUGUUGAGCUCAAUCUGCGCUGCAGUCCUGAUGAUAGACACGGCUAAGACCUUAUACGCGAUCAAGAAUUCGAGUUGGAGCACAGAAGAAGAGGCGUCUGACCUGGCGAACCUUACGUUGACCAAAGGCAGCAUCGAUCCGUUCCAUCUCUUCCAAGACAUGCUUCUGAGCUUCAGCUACUUAGUCCUGCUGGUAUGGAAACUCUUUCUUUCUAACCAGAAGUUCUCUUCCUUUGGCUGGGAGUGGAUUUUCACGGAGUACCCGGUCUUCUUCGGAUUCCUUUAUUUCGGCCUUCGCCUGGCAGCUGGGAUCUUGAGCAACACCAGCUCGCGCGAGCUCGCAGAGCUGAUCAUGUCAGUGGCUUACAUCUUCGGAGGAGUCUUCUUUGCCUUCCUCUCCAUCAAGCUGGGGGGCACUACACAUGAACCGGUGCAGCAGGUAGAGAGAAACUCAAUACGGAGCGGCCAGGUUGCAAGAAGCAGUGCACCUGCGGAGGCUCCAGUGUCAACCGAUAGCACGAGGAGGACAGCAGAAAGGGAUGAGGGGAGGAGGGAAGCAGGAAUCUCUGCCUUCCCCGUUGCUGUAGGCGGGAUGGAGUCUAGAGAACGGACAGAAUUGUCUACACAUUUCAGCUCGAGGAAUUCCGACACGGACAAGGAGCAGAAGCAGACUUCGCCAUCCUCCUCCGCCUCUCAGCUAGGCCUGGUAGACAUCAUCCUGUCCAACCCGCAGCUGGACUUCAGUUCGUCUGCCUCAGUUCUUCUCAGUGCGAACUUGCUAGAGCUCCUGCAGCUCGCACAGGGGGACCCGACCUUGGACGGGAUCAUCCUUGACUUCACUUCAGACUCUCAGGAUCUUCACAAGACCUUUCUCCCAAACGAUGGGGGCCUCUUCGUCGACCCGAAGGCCCAGCCGCUCAAAGAGCUUCUACGUCUCCUCGGACAGCAGCAGGCAAAGAUCCCAGCAGGAUCUCGAGUAACGAUGGAGGUGAGGAGAAGAGCGGAGGACGUGUUCGCCGCGGUCAACGGGCAUGCCGGAUCGUCGGACGGCUCCAUGGAGGAGAGCGUCCUCGUGCUCGAGCCACCGAGGAAUGAGCCUCCUCCCAACUUCCAGCCAGCCCCCGAAGAACCGCCGCAGCAAGCGCUCCAUCCUUCCACCUGCGACGAGCCUUUCCUCUUCGAUUCCUUCCGAGCCUCCAGCGUCGGAACCAUCUUCGAAUCCGCAGCACAGAGCACGGCAGAGGCAGUAGAGGAGGCAGCAGCGCAGGAGAAGUACUUUACUUCCUCCUCCUCCCCCAACGGCCUCUUCCGUGAUCAAGGAGGAAAGAAGCUCGAGGUGGAAUUCUUCGAGGCGGGAGGGAUGGGACCUAACGAGUCGGAUGCUAGCAGGUCAUGA